AUGGCCAUCCCAAAGGCACUGCUUCUUGCCAUCAUAGGCAGCAUCUGCUUAUGCAGUAGCACCGUUCUAUCAGCUCGGGAACUUGGUGACGCGGCCAUGGUGGAGAAGCAUGACCAGUGGAUGGCGAAGUUUAACCGUGUUUACAAGGACAUCACCGAGAAGGCGCAGCGGUUCAAGGCGUUCAAGGCCAGUGUUGCCUUCAUCGAGUCGUUCAACACCGGAAAUCACAAGUUCUGGCUCGGUGUCAACCAAUUCACCGAUCUCACCAACGAUGAGUUCAGAGCAACCAAGACCAACAAGGGCCUCAAAAGAAGUGGUGCUAGGGCUCCAACUAGGUUCAAGUACAACAAUGUCAGCACUGAUGCACUUCCAGCGGCAGUUGAUUGGAGGACCAAGGGCGUCGUCACUCCUAUCAAGGACCAAGGGCAAUGUGGCUGUUGUUGGGCUUUUUCGGCCGUGGCUGCAACCGAGGGCAUUGUAAAAUUAAGCACAGGGAAGCUCGUCUCCUUGUCUGAGCAAGAGCUAGUUGACUGUGAUGUCCAUGGUGUGGAUCAGGGGUGUGAGGGUGGCGAGAUGGACGACGCCUUCAAGUUCAUCAUCAAGAACGGCGGCCUCACCACCGAGGCCAACUACCCAUACACCGCACAAGACGGACGGUGCAAAACCAGCACUACAAGCAACAGUGUUGCAACCAUCAAGGGCUACGAGGAUGUGCCCGCCAACGAUGAAUCUUCUCUUAUGAAAGCCGUGGCUAACCAGCCUGUAUCAGUAGCUGUGGACGGAGGGGAUGUCAUAUUUCAACACUACUCCGGCGGGGUUAUGACCGGCUCUUGCGGAACUGAUUUGGACCAUGGGAUAGCAGCGAUUGGAUAUGGCAUGACGAGUGAUGGAACUAAGUAUUGGUUGUUAAAAAACUCAUGGGGCACGACAUGGGGCGAGAGUGGGUACCUCAGAAUGGAGAAGGAUAUUUCCGACAAGAGUGGUAUGUGUGGCUUGGCCAUGCAACCUUCCUACCCCACCGAGUAGGGAAAUACAUCGGCAUGUAUAUCUACAAAUAUUACAUAAAUACAUGUAUUUUUAUCUGUAUGUAUGUACCUUUCAUUGCACUACAUUGUUUCGUGUUUGGACAGUCACUAAAUGUUCCGUAAAUAUAUAUAAAGAAGAUAGAUGAAUUCGAGCUUAAAUGCUAAAUGCUCUAUGGCGAUGUUUAUGCUGAAAUCCAUUUUGUUUAAAUCCACAAAUUGAUUCGAACAAUAUUUUUUUCUCGAAAAUGGGAGGACGCCCCUGA